AUGCCCUUUGUGAUUACAAAGGAUUAGUUUUUUUCUUUGUCUUUAACUCAUAAAACGUUAUAAUUUGACAACUAUUGCGAUUGGAGUCCAUUUCAUUAUCUCAAGCGAUUCUCAGUAAUUAUAAAAAAAAAAUUGUCUUUUUUUACGUCCAUCAACCCUCCCGCCCGGACGAAAGAACGGUUUCUCGGAAUCCCAUCCAGUGACUCACGAACGUCCUCCGAGGAAGGAGCCAAUUUGGCCAAUUAGGCUUCAAGAAAUCUCGACCUUUGAGUGGGGGGACGCGGAUUGGAUAAAAGCAGUAGUCGGAGUGGAUCUAGGCUUAGAAUUAUUCUCCGCUUUCACGUCCGAACCUAAUUCCUUCCGACCCUCCCACGACUCAAUCGGAACUACAUUCAGAUAUGAAGGGAUUGACUGUUGGGUUGAUUUUGACCGGCCUGAUUGGGGCUGGCCUCUGCCAUACGUACCACCUCGGCGAAUGCCCUGUCGUCGAGCCCAAGUCCGACUUCCACAUGUCCCAGUUCCUUGGAUUGUGGUACGCCAUACAGAAGACUUCGACUGGGAGCCGGUGCCUCACGUAUAACUUCACCGUGGGUGAAGAGCCUGGCGAAUAUUUUAUUGAGCAGGUGAGUGAACACCCUGUUCUCGGCAUCGCAAGCGUCGACAAUAAAUACCAUUAUACAGGUUCAUUGAAGGCGUCUCUAGAUGCUCCAGCUAGGAUGACUGUCAAGUUUCCGCUGAACAUAGCUGGGACGUCUUCGUUCAUAGUCUUUUCAACAGACUAUAACACCUACGCAGGCAUCUACACGUGUCAAAAGCUUCCAGCAUCAAACAGGCGAUCGGUGACGAUACUCUCUCGUAGGAAAACUCUCGACAAACAAUACGUCGACAAGGUUCGCAACACGAUGUCGCUCUUCGGCAUUUCGCCGUUUGACCUGUCGAUAAUCGACCACACAAAAUGUCCGAAAGUUGAAGAUGAGACAUAUGUCAAUGUCGACAUCAACCCUGAAACCCUAUCAGCGAAGAACAUCGGUAAUGUUGUACGCAAGACGGGUGAGAAGUUGGGCGACGGUGUCACAUCUCUGCUGGGUGGAGGCGGAAAAGCAAAUUUGUAAACGAUUCGACCCCGAUCAAACAAACUAAAAAACGAACAAAAAAUGUACAAAAGUUUAUUUUACAAUUAAAAAAAGUUUUUUUUUUUUUU